UCACCCAGCCGGGCAGCUCAGCGUUGCAGCGAUGUGGCGGAUGCGGAUGCGGCUACGGCUACUCACUGGCUACCUGGUCCUGCUGGCCCUCGGCCACCUGCCGCAGGAGCGCUACGGCGUUGGGGCCCAAAAGUACUACAUGAACUUCGCCUUCAACAACAACAAUCCGGACGCGAACGGGGGUUCGAACGAAAAGGACGGCACCACGCACGGCGACGCCGAUCACGGAACAGGGCAUGAUGAUGAUGGACAUGGAGAUGGAACGACUGAAGCUGGCAGUGACAGCGGGAACAAAAGCAACGGGGAGGGUCACACCAGUAACGGUGGCGAUGGUGGCGGUGAUGACGAAGCAACCACUGACGGAGGUGAUGGGGGCGAUGGAGGCAAUGGAAGCGGGGGCAACGCCGACGGAACACACACUGUGUCUAAGCACAAUCCUGGCGGGAACGAUGACGAUAACGACGACAGCGACAGCAAGGACGCCAAGGACCGGCGCCAAAAGCUGCGCGAGCACGAGGAAAACGCGGCUAAGGGCAAGCGCACUGAUCACAGCCACCACAGCAGCUACGAGAUCAGCAUCGACGACAGCUUCGGCGGGCGGUACGUCCGCUCCAUCUACGAGAGCAGCGAGAGCCAUGGCCACUCCGGCAGCAGGGCAGACUCAAAUCGGCACGACAGCGCCAAUGGACGCGACAGCAGUCAGGAGAAGGACAAGGAUCAUGGUUCCGGGGCGGCAACCACUGAAACCCACGCCGGCGACGCCAAUGGCACCGUGGCGGAUGCCUCGCACGGAGAUGUAGCUGCCCGGGCCAAGGACGAUGACUACGAGGAAAUGUAACACCACAAUACACGCAGACUUGACCUGACCGAGGAACCUUUGGAGGAUGCAGCCAGCCUCAAAUUGAAUUUUCGAAUAAAAUGCCAAUGACAUUUUUAAUGAU